UCCAGCUCGCGUCGUAUUCCUGCUAAAGAUGUGGAAUAUUCGAGCGACGUGUCGCAUGGAUACGUUAUUUUGAGAGUUUUAAUAAAAGAAGAGAAAUCAACGGACAGGUUGCUUUGACCGAGAGCGAAAACAGUUGUAUGUGACAAAGCAGUAAUAAAGACACCACCGCACAUCAUGGCGGAUCUUACGAGACCGCCGCUAUGUGAUAUCAAGCGACCCGAGGAAGUGGUGAAAAUGUCGAUGACCGAUAACUUAAAGUUCGCCGUCCUGAUUGGCCUCAUCGAGGUUGGCCAGGUGUCAAACCGCGAAGUUGUCAACACCGUGUUACACCUGCUUGUCGGGGGCGAAUUCGAUAUGGAGUUAAACUUUGUUGUUCAGGAUGCGCAGAACGUCAAGCACAUGUUAGAGCUGCUAGAUCACUGCCCGGCAAACUUGCAAGCUGAGGUUUGGAGCGUUUUUAUUGCGAUCCUGAAGAAGAGCGUCCGCAACUUGCAAGCAUGCACCGAAAUCGGUUUGAUCGAGCAUGUGUUGGCACGAUUGCAGCAGGCCGAGGCAAUCGUUGCGGAUCUGCUCAUCGAGAUGCUUGGUGUACUAGCCAGCUACAGCAUUACUGUAAAGGAGCUGAAACUACUCUUCGGCGCGAUGAAGGCUGUCAAUGGGAAAUGGCCACGACAUUCGGCGAAGCUCCUAAAUGUACUGAAGCAAAUGCCGAAUCGCAACGGCCCUGACGUCUUCUUCAGCUUUCCCGGUCGCAAGGGCUCGGCUAUCGUAUUACCUCCUUUGGCAAAGUGGCCCUAUGAAAAUGGAUUCACCUUCAGCACCUGGUUUCGUUUGGACCCGAUCAAUUCGGUGAACAUCGAACGGGAGAAACCAUACCUUUACUGUUUCAAAACAUCCAAGGGAGUUGGUUACACUGCUCACUUUGUUGGCAAUUGUCUCGUGCUGACUUCAAUGAAGGUGAAGGGCAAAGGAUUCCAGCAUUGCGUUAAAUAUGAGUUUCAGCCACGAAAGUGGUAUAUGAUAGCCAUUGUAUAUAUCUACAAUCGUUGGACGAAGAGUGAGAUCAAGUGCCUGGUAAAUGGACAACUGGCUUCUAGCACGGAGAUGGCCUGGCUGGUAUCGACUAACGAUCCAUUCGACAAGUGCUACGUUGGUGCAACGCCGGAACUAGACGAGGAACGUGUAUUUUGCGGACAGAUGGCUGCAAUUUAUCUUUUCUCGGAAGCUCUAACUACUCAGCAAAUUUGUGCAAUGCAUCGACUUGGCCCGGGGUAUAAGUCCCAGUUUCGAUUCGAUAACGAGUGCUAUCUAAACCUACCGGAUAAUCACAAGCGGGUGAGUGAUGCAAAAGCUGUUAUGUCGUCGCUAUCACCAACGCCAUUGGCGCCAACCGAGUCCACUAUCCAUAGAAACCUAGUUAGUGGCAGUACCGGUGUUGCGAUUGCCGCUGAUACGCCUUCGUUUCCUCCCUCAUCCUCGUCCAUGCCUUUGGCCGCGUCCGAUGUUGCGAUUGCUUCUUCUGCUGCUACUGCUACUUCUUCUAUCGCCCCGGGCUCCGGGGGCGAGUCGUUUGAUUUAGUAUCCGUACUGUACGAUGGUAAAUUGUCGAGCGCUAUUGUCUUCAUGUACAAUCCGGUCGCAACCGACGGUCAACUGUGUUUACAGUCAGCUCCGAAAGGCAAUCUAUCGUACUUUGUCCACACACCCCAUUCGUUGAUGUUACAGGACGUCAAGGCAGUCGUGACACAUUCCAUCCACUGUACGCUCAACUCCAUAGGCGGAAUACAGGUUCUUUUCCCACUGUUUUCUCAAUUGGACAUGCCCUACGAGGGUACUGAUGUCAGGAAAGACCCAACGUUAUGUGCCAAACUGUUGGGUUUUAUCUGUGAACUCGUCGAAAGUUCGCAAACUGUUCAACAGCAUAUGAUACAGAACCGAGGAUUUCUGGUCAUAUCCUUCAUGUUACAGCGUUCCUCUCGCGAUCAUCUCUCGCUAGAUGUGCUUGGAUCAUUCCUUAGCCUCACCAAGUACUUGGUGACAUGUUUGUCAGCCAACUCGGAUCUACUACUAAAGCAGCUGUUAGACCAUGUUCUGUUCAACCCAUCGCUGUGGAUCUACACACCGGCAACGGUACAGGCACGCCUUUAUGCGUAUUUGGCGACGGAGUUUCUUAGUGACACGCAGAUCUACAGUAACGUGCGUCGCGUCAGCACUGUCCUGCAGACGGUGCAUACACUAAAGUUCUACUACUGGGUGGUGAACCCGCGCGCCAAGAGUGGAAUAACUCCUAAAGGGCUUGAUGGACCGCGACCCGCGCAAAAAGAUAUCCUGGCGAUCCGGGCGUACAUUUUGCUUUUCUUAAAGCAGCUGAUAAUGAUUGGCAAUGGCGUGAAGGACGACGAGCUGCAGAGCAUCCUCAACUACCUGAUGACGAUGCAUGAGGACGAGAACUUGCACGAUGUGCUGCAAAUGUUGAUUUCGUUGAUGUCCGAACAUCCGAGCUCAAUGGUUCCGGCAUUUGACGUGAAGCAUGGUGUGCGCACCAUCUUUAAGCUACUUGCUGCUGAAAGCCAAUUGAUACGCCUACAGGCUCUCAAGCUCCUCGGGUUCUUUCUGUCGCGUAGCACCCAUAAGCGUAAAUAUGACGUUAUGUCACCACACAACCUAUACACCUUGCUUGCCGAACGACUACUGCUUUACGAAGAAUCGGUAUCGCUGCCGACAUAUAAUGUUUUGUACGAAAUCAUGACCGAACACAUUUCGCAACAGAUUCUUUACGCAAAGCACCCGGAACCGGAAAGCCACUAUCGACUAGAGAAUCCUAUGAUCCUGAAGGUGGUGGCGACACUCAUCCGCCAGUCCAAGCAGUCGGAACAUUUAAUCGAGGUGAAGAAGCUCUUUCUCUCCGAUAUGACAUUGCUGUGCAACAAUAAUCGUGAAAACCGGCGCACAGUGUUGCAGAUGAGUGUCUGGCAGGAGUGGUUGAUUGCGAUGGCGUACAUCCAUCCUAAGACAUCCGAGGAACAGAAACUGUCCGAUAUGGUCUACUCGCUGUUCCGUAUGUUACUACACCAUGCGAUCAAGUACGAAUAUGGCGGGUGGCGCGUAUGGGUUGACACGCUUGCUAUUGUACACUCGAAGGUUUCAUACGAAGAAUUUAAGCUACAGUUCGCGCAGAUGUAUGAGCACUAUGAGAAACAUAGGACAGAUAACAUCACCGAUCCGGCGCUGCGUCAGCAGCGUCCCAUUAGCACAAUCAGUGGGUGGGAGCAACACGGUGGUACUACCGCUGUGGGGAGUGCCAAUGACACUAGCAAGAAGGUAGAAGUGGACAUACAUAGCAACACCAAUAGCACUGCCGAUGGUAGCAGCAAAUGUUCCAAGCAGGUUGCCUCUAUGGCGGUGGAAGAUUCUUCGUCAGGGUGCGGUUGUGAGCCGAAAUCGAAUGUAAGUGGCGAUAUGAAGACCCAGAAGAAUAGGAAUGCAGCGGUGUUGUCAGAAAACACUGAGUUUGACGAGCUUGAAGAAGACAGAGAACUUGACCAGCAGACCCAAGAAUCGCCACUACAAGUGCAACAAUUACAGAGAAGUGAGCAGAUCGAACAAGACGAGGAAGAUGAAGAAGAUAAGGAAGAGGUGGAAGAUUUGGCAGAAGGCGAGCAUGUUGAUGGCCAAGUGCUAGUGAAAAGAUCGGAUCAUACGGCGGACCAUUUCGAGCACCAGCAGCAACUUCAUGCCACUUCGUCAGCGGCAUCUAUCGAAGCUUCCUCCGAAACUGUAGUGAAAAAGAUUGUUGAAGAAAUUAUCGACAAGUCCGCUUGUAUGCUAGCGGCCAACCAGAAGACUAAUAGUAGGAUCAGCGACGAAGACGGUAAAGACGAGGCAAUUCCAACCGAACCAACUUCGUCGCCGGUAAUAAAAGACGAGGAGAUCGAGCUAGCAGUGAACGAGGUGGCCAAAAUGAAUCAGUGUAAUAUGAAAACUGGUGCAGACAAUUUCGAAAGCGAUGCUAGUGAUAGUGAAAUCAUUCCCGGCAACCCCACGGACGCAAACGAACGGGGAAAAUUUCACACCGAGCCGCCUGUUACUAGUCCCUCGGGAAAUGGAAUGUUCUCAGAAUCUCCCCCGGUGGCAGUUGCCUUAUCAGUUGAUGCUACUGGUGAUAGAAACAAAGUAGCUUACCAAAAUAUCGCAUCCGAACAGUCAAGUCCAGUGCUGCAAGACGAAUCGCACACCGUGAAAGUGGUAGCUGCGGUGGACUGUAUCGUCGACGAGCUCAUCGAUCGUUGCUUCCGCGAGCAAGGUACAAUCAUCUCGACCGCUGCCUCCGACGAUCAACUUACGAGCGAUAUCCAAGAAGUUGUCGACGCUAUUAUAACAGACGCAGUGGAACAGGUGGAACAAACUACAGACAAACUUGGCCUUCUCGUGACAGAAACCUUAGCGAAAAAUGAUCCCACGCAAGAGACGGUAUCUUCCGAGGAUGAUGUGUUACAGCAUCAUCGUCAUCAUCAUCACCAUCAUCAUCAUCAUCAUCAUGCUCAUCCUCAUCCUCAUUCUCAUCCUCAUCAGUUGCAAGAUAACGGUGAGCCGGAAAAACAAAGAAUAUGUGUGGUUUCGGAGAUGGCCAACGAUAAUGAAGUGAACCCGGCCAGACCAUCUGAACAUGCAGAAGAAGACGAUGUCGAAGGUGAUGAGGAAGAAGAGGAGGACGAGGGUGACGAAGGGCUGGAUGAGGAUGUGUUGGUAAUAGCUGAAUCAGACGACAUCAUUAAGCAGACGAUCGCGGAUGGAUGCAACGGUUCAUCAAAUGAUGUCAUCAUCGAUGAUACUGCCUCGCCAACCACAACCGGCAUGGAAAUUCCUACUGUCCCUCAAAAGCAUGCAAUUAAUGUGUCGACUAAUACGCAGCAGUAUCUUGAUGCACAUAUGCCAAAUGUACAUUCCAACCUGUCCACACAACAGCAGAAUGCGCCACAACAACAGUCCGGAAAUUACGACGGUCAAAGUUUUGGGGGCAGUAAGCGCUCGAAGUCGGCUUCUGCUCGGCCCAUGUUUUCACCAGGACCAACCAGACCACCAUUCCGCAUACCAGAAUUCAAGUGGUCCUACAUACAUCAGCGCCUGCUCUCCGACGUGCUGUUCUCGCUCGAGACAGACAUCCAGGUUUGGCGCAGCCAUUCAACCAAGAGCGUACUCGACUUCGUCAAUUCGGCUGAAAAUGCAAUCUUUGUCGUUAAUACGGUCCACCUGAUUUCACAGCUAGCAGACAACCUGAUUAUUGCUUGUGGCGGACUGUUGCCACUGCUGGCUAGUGCCACAUCACCCAACUCCGAGCUGGACGUGCUUGAGCCAACCCAAGGCAUGCCCCUUGAUGUGGCUGUCUCGUUCCUGCAGCGACUUGUCAAUAUGGCCGAUGUGCUGAUCUUUGCCAGCUCGCUUAACUUCAGCGAGCUCGAGGCGGAGAAGAACAUGUCAUCCGGCGGCAUUCUGCGACAGUGCCUCCGAUUGGUGUGCACCUGUGCGGUGCGUAACUGUCUGGAGUGUAAGGAGCGCACCCGGGGGCUCUACAACGGCAUGUCCCUGAAGGAUAUUCCCGGCGGUGUUCACCUGCAGGCACUUAUACGGGGCGCCCAGUCCACCUCGAAAACGAUUAUUGAAUCGUUGUCCGGUCCGAUGAGCCCAGUAAAGGACCCAGAGAAGCUACUGCAGGACAUGGAUAUCAACAGACUGCGGGCGGUUAUCUAUCGAGAUGUGAAACAACUCUUUCAGGAGGAAACCAAGCAGGCGCAGUUCCUCUCGUUAGCAAUCGUGUAUUUCAUCUCCGUUCUGAUGGUUUCGAAGUAUCGCGACAUCCUGGAACCACCAGUGGAGCUCCAAAUACACCGGAACUCUUCGCCUGUCAUUCAGCGGACGACACCAACGAAGGAAUCUACCAAUCGGCCACUUUUCCCCCAGUGGUCGCACCACGUCUAUCCACAAUUUCUUCCCGGGUCGCACCCCAAUUCCCAUCAGCCUACGGCGAUGCACCACGGGAGUAACAAUACAAUUACCUCCUCCUCUUCCUCCUCCGGCUCGUCUUCGGUAAACGGCGGGGGUGCGUGUGGCAACAUGCUCAACAACAACAAUAGCAAUCUGAUCAACAACAACAGUCCUAGCAGCAACCUCCUCAACCACAAGGAAGGUGGAUUGGUGGUGGGAGGCGUGAGCAAUGGUACACUGCCGCUAUACUACGGCGGUGCGGGCACCACUCCUCACACUAUUAGCAACAAUAACAGUCAGGGCUUCAUUGCUGGCGGGCACUGCAUUUUCUCCAGCGAAAUGAUCAACUGCUAUUCGCCGGCGGUCGCGGCUGUCUCAGCAAUGGGCGGCCAUCUGCACCAUCAGCAGCAGCAGCAGCAGCAGCAGCAGCAGCCACCGAUGCAGCACCACCAGCCGCACGUGCAGCACAGCCUGGGUAACUCGCUGGCCACUGUAGCACCACCGUACGGCGUCGUGCCCGCGGGCAAAGGCCUCCCGGGUCUACCUGGGGCCGCGGGUGGUGACGGUGGUGCUAGCAAUGGUGGCGGUUUGCGAGCUAACCGUGGAAUGACAGGAGCAGCGCAGGGUCUGCACAAUGGCAUCGUCGGUCACGCCAUUGUCACUGGCAAGCUGUCCAAAGGCACUCAAUCGAUGCAAGAAGGUGAUUAUGAGGUGAUCGUAGUGGAUGAAAACAAUUCUUCCGUAAUAGCCGACAACGAUUCCCAUUCUAGUGGCCCUUUAUCAAUUAAGAGUGUUGACUCUGAUGGCGCAUCGUUGAACCUGAAUUCAACAGAAAACGACCCGCAAGAGGUGGAAACGUCGAGCGAAAUCAUGGCGGAUGAGCAUAAGCCGACCAAUUCGAAUGACGAGAGCUGGACCGAUGUAAAUUUAAACGACGAAGUCGGUGCGAACGAGUUUAAGCUGCCGGGUAGCCGGACGGAAAAUGUAGUGAGUGGAGGAGUGGGGAUAAAGGGCGGCGGUGGAACGAUCUCGUCUACGGCGGCCACUCUAGCCGACCAUAUGGGCGAUGGUGCUGCCAGCGGUAGUGGGGCUAAUGCAGGAGGAAAUGUUAAAAUGGAGUCAGACAUUGCAGUCGUUCGUGUAUCCGAGGGUGGCUACGGAGGGCAUCUAGUGGGUGGUGUAGCGCCCGGAGCGGGCUCUAUGCACGGCCGACCGGAGGACAUAAGCUUAAAAACGCCCUUCGUUGGGCAGCUUCCAAUCGCUUUACCGUCGCGCGAGGCAAGCCUUACACAGAAGCUGGAGAUUGCGCUAGGUCCAGUCUGUCCGCUUUUGCGCGAGAUCAUGGUCGAUUUCGCGCCGUUCCUCUCAAAGACGCUUGUUGGCUCGCACGGCCAGGAGCUGCUAAUGGAGGGCAAAGGGUUGACCACCUUCAAGAACAGUCAUUCAGUCGUAGAGCUGGUAAUGCUGCUCUGUUCACAAGAGUGGCAGAACAGCCUGCAGAAGCAUGCCGGCCUGGCAUUCAUAGAGCUGAUCAACGAGGGUCGACUGCUAUCGCAUGCAAUGAAGGAUCAUAUCGUGCGAGUGGCCAACGAGGCGGAAUUUAUCCUCAACCGUAUGAGAGCGGAUGAUGUGCUGAAGCAUGCCGAUUUCGAGUCGCAGUGCGCCCAAACGCUGUUGGAACGACGCGAAGAGGAGCGCAUGUGCGAUCACCUGAUAACUGCUGCGCGCCGCAGAGACAACGUUAUUGCCAGCCGGCUGCUAGAGAAGGUGCGCAACAUCAUGGGUAAUCGGCAUGGAGCGUGGGGCGAUGCAAACACCAACUACCAGAAGCAGACCUACUGGAAGCUGGAUGCGUGGGAGGACGACGCACGGCGCCGCAAACGUAUGGUACAGAAUCCCCGAGGCUCCAGUCACCCACAGGCGACGCUGAAGACAUCUCUCGAGAUCGUUACGUCACCGUUAGCGAAAACAACGGGCACGGGGACGGCGCAUGAUCAUUCGAACUCCACGUCGACAGGCUCAGACGAAGCGAAUGAAGUUGACGUUGGCAUACCGGGCGACGGAAGCACGGGGCGGACGGUAGUGGCGCGCGAUGAAAUUUACUCCCAAAUAGCGGUGCCAAGAUCCCAGCAGCCUGAUCUACUCGAUGACUCCGAACUGCUGAUCGAGGAUCGCGAACUGGACCUCGAUCUGACCGGCCCGGUCAAUAUAAGCACCAAGGCAAAGCUGAUUGCACCCGGCCUGGUCGCGCCUGGCACCAUGUCAAUUACCUCCACCGAGAUGUACUUCGAGGUGGACGAGGAGCAUGGCGAAUUUCAAUCGAUCGACGCCGAGGUGCUUAAGUAUUGCGAUCAUCUGCACGGAAAGUGGUACUUUUCCGAAAUACGUGCUAUCUUUUCUCGCCGCUAUCUACUGCAGAACGUAGCACUUGAGAUCUUUCUCGCCAGUCGCACUUCGAUCUUGUUCGCCUUUCCCGAUCAGCACACAGUGAAAAAGGUGAUUAAGGCAUUGCCGCGAGUUGGGGUCGGCAUCAAGUACGGUAUCCCUCAGACGCGUCGUGCAUCCAUGAUGUCAUCAAGGCAGCUGAUGCGCAACUCGAACAUGACGCAAAAGUGGCAGCGUCGCGAGAUAUCGAACUUUGAAUAUCUGAUGUUCCUGAACACGAUCGCCGGCCGAACUUAUAACGAUCUGAACCAAUACCCCGUAUUCCCGUGGGUACUCACUAACUACGAAUCGCGGGAGCUUGACCUCAGCCAGCCUACUAACUACCGCGAUCUAUCAAAGCCAAUCGGCGCACUCAACCCAAGUCGCAGGGAGUAUUUCGAAGAGCGAUAUGAAACGUGGGAUACGCCUGGCAUCCCACCUUUCCACUACGGUACGCACUACUCAACAGCCGCCUUCGUGCUUAACUGGCUCAUCCGCAUUGAGCCUUUUACAACGAUGUUUCUGGCACUGCAGGGCGGACGAUUCGACCAUCCUGAUCGAUUGUUCUCGUCUGUCGCGCUCUCAUGGAAGAACUGCCAGCGAGACACAUCGGACGUGAAAGAACUCAUUCCGGAGUGGUAUUUCCUACCGGAGAUGUUCUACAACGCAUCCGACUACCGUCUUGGGCAGCGGGAUGACGGGCGCACCGUCGGCGACGUUGAGCUGCCGCCGUGGGCGAAAACACCAGAAGAGUUCGUUCGCAUCAAUCGGAUGGCGCUCGAGUCCGAGUUUGUCUCUUGUCAGCUGCACCAGUGGAUCGAUCUCAUCUUCGGCUACAAACAGCGGGGACCGGAGGCGAUGCGCGCGACUAACGUCUUCUACUACCUCACGUACGAGGGCAGCGUCGACCUGGAUACGAUCACAGACCCGGUAACGCGCGAAGCAAUCGAAAACCAGAUACGCAACUUCGGCCAAACCCCCAGCCUGCUUCUGAUGGAGCCGCAUCCACCGCGCUCGUCCGCCAUGCAUCUUUCACCGAUGAUGUUCAACACGAUGCCGGAUGACGUGUGCAUGUCCCUCAAGUUUCACCUCAACUCACCUAUCAUUCACAUUUCGGCUAACACGUACCCGCAGUUGCCGCUUCCUUCGGUUGUCACGGUCACCGCUGGCCAUCAGUUUGCCGUGAACCGCUGGAAUUGCCAAUAUACGGCCAGCAUCCAGAGUCCAAGCUACGCAGAGUCGACGCAGAACAUCAAUGCCAACCUGCCACUAACUAUGGAUCCACUGCUUUCUCAAAUCAAUGGCCACAGUACCAGCAGCAACCAGCAGAACCGUCGUCAUCUUGGUGAUAACUUUAGCCAGAAACUACAAAUAAAGGCAAACUGCUAUGUAACAACGGUGGACAGUCGUUUCUUGAUCGCCUGUGGAUUCUGGGACAAUAGUUUCCGCGUCUUUUCUACUGAGACGGCCAAGAUUGUGCAGAUUAUUUUCGGGCACUUCGGUGUUGUCACAUGUCUGUCGCGCUCGGAGUGCAACAUUACUUCCGAUUGCUACAUUGCAUCCGGAUCGGCUGACUGCACUAUCCUGCUAUGGCACUGGAACGCUCGUACGCAGUCUAUUGUAGGAGAGGGUGAGAUACCGACGCCUCGCGCUACCCUCACUGGACAUGAAACGGCAGUUACAUCAGUGGUUAUUAGUGCCGAACUGGGCUUAGUUGUCUCUGGCUCCAUAAAUGGUCCUGUACUAGUGCACACCACAUUUGGUGACCUACUUCGGUCCCUCGAGGCACCGAAAGAUUUUAUUUCGCCUGAGAAUAUAACGCUCUCGCGCGAGGGUUUCAUCGUUGUAAAUUAUGAUGAAGGAAGUGUCGCCGCCUACACCAUCAACGGAAAGUUGUUGCGUUACGAAUCACACAAUGAUAAUCUUCAAUGCAUGCUAUUGUCGCGGGAUGGAGAGUACUUAAUGACUGCCGGUAAUAAAGGUAUAGUGGAAGUUUGGCGAACUUUUAAUCUUGCACCACUGUAUGCUUUCCCGGUAUGCAAUAGUGGCAUUCGUUCGCUGGCAUUGACACACGAUCAGAAAUAUCUUUUGGCUGGAUUAGCGACCGGCUCCAUCAUCGUGUUUCAUAUUGAUUUCAAUCGUUGGCAUCACGAGUAUCAGCAGCGCUACUAAAAUUUCAUCCUGCCACUGGUCAGAACUCGCGGACAGCUUAGUUGAAACUUAGACUGGGCACGAUAAUGAUACUGUCUCGUGUAUUCCAAGAAAUUCAUCACAUUACUAAACAUUUGCCAAAAUCAAUUAAACUAACCCAACUGAUCAACAGUCUAGACAAAAAAGUUGAGGUUGAACAGAUGAUAGGAAUGUAAGAGAAUGAAAAGAAGUAGCAUAGUUUUUUGCAGUUUUACUGGAUGUUUUAGGUUAAAUGAUUCCUAAAUAUGAGAAUGAGCCGAUAACAUUCCCUGUAGUACGUAGAAGGUACAACCUGGAUGAAAUGCGUAGAGAGUGCAGAAUUUAAUUACGCCAGGCGCUAGGUGGAAGAGAAACGACAAACCAAGGAAUCCUUUGGUGAUUUUUAAUCAUGCGCACUCGAGUGCAGUCACAAUCACGCGCUCAAUGGUGUGAUGUUUUUAGAAAGUAACAUUUUAUUAUAAUAACAAAGUGAAAAAGGGUCGCCUAGCAUUUGUACACAUUCUGUCAUUUAUCUGUUGGCGAUCAAGCUACACAGAUAACAAAGUAUAGAUAUUUCCCGUUCCGGUAUUGCAUUAUAAAUCGGUCCAACCGAUUUCAAUGUCAUUUUAUUUUGUAAUUUUUUCACUCUGGUGAUUGUGGUACAUAAUAUCUAUUGUGCGAGCUAGUGUUGUCAAGAAUGAUCAUGCUUUUAAUCGCUGUACUUAAAAGGGAACAGACGCUUUCGUUUGUUUCGUUCUUAUAUAUAUUUAUAUAUACCAUUCCUUACGCUUGGUCGUGUCAGUUGAGCUGGUAGCUCUGGUAUUUAUGGCAGUGCAAAAGGUAGCCUACCGACAUGACGAAAUGUGCAAUUUUAAUCUUCGCCACCCAUUCGAUACUAUUCAGAUUUAAGGUGUCUGUUUAUCCCUUUGGAGAAAGCAGAGAUAAAUGCAAUAAAAUAGCUGUAAUCUUUAUCGAUUAAUACUGCUAGCACACGUACAUUCCGAUCGCAAACGAUGCCAAAACCGGGGCAUUAACACUAACAACUCAUUUGCGCAAACGAUAGCAUCCCUGGCAGGGCAAGAUGUAUGGCAUAUGCGUACACAACUGUAAAGAUUUUAAUAACAGCCUUUCACACACACUGAAUAUGAUGAAAAAGAUUGAUAAUAAACAGCAACGUUGAUCGGUCUAAAGUUGCUCUGAGGGUAUAGUAGAGAGAAAUCAUACAUGCACUGCAUUUACAUUAAAGAUUAGGCUUGAGGGAGGGAUAUGAUAGUGAAAAAGAGUCAUUUUUAAAAGAUAAGAGCAACCCCGUAGGCAGGAGAAGCAUGCCAUAGAGCAAUUACAUUCAUACUGCAAGAGGUUAUGCGUAUUGAACAGGAGCAGAAAGGUAUGGAGUGGCAAAGUGAGAGAAGGAAAUAUAAACUACAAGAAAAUAUGCUAACAAGGAUGAAUGGUUGAAGGAAAGGAAGUGAAAUGAGCAUAUUUCCAUUAAUAUGCACCAUUCUGAGGUUAUCCGUCCGCGAAUAUUUACAUUAGCCAUUACAUAAAACAAAAAAGGAUAAAAGAUAUGAGUAAAGAAACCAAAGCUGAACAUAAAAUUAUUAAUAUAUACUAUUAUAUCAGCAUUGCGUUGCUAGCAAUUAACAAAACUCUGGAGCUAAUACUAUUACCUUGUUCUUUCGAAAUUUUUCCAAUUUUUUAUUUUUGUAUAGCACCCACGCAAGUUAAUACUUUGGUGGUAUGGUGGCAACAUAUAAAACAUUGAAAUAGAGUGGAAUAACAAAAAAUCCGAUACAUUUAGGUCUGGAAGAUUCAAGUCCCAUCGCGGCUGUUUGUCAGCGAUUGAACCGUGAUGGAAGAUAGAAAGGGAAGAUUAAAUAUUGCAUAUUACGCAAAACCUUAUUUCACGUGCCAAAAUAAUAUUAAAUAGAACAAUAUUGAACAAAGUAACGUAAAUGAUUGAUUGUAGGAGUGAUGUACCAGAAAAAAAAUCAGCAGUAAUAACAACCAAACAGAGAAAAAUCACAAACAGUCAAGCGUAAAUCAUGCAGCAAAACAUAAAACGCAAACAAAAAGCAACAAAACAAAAAAUCCUGCCUAAAUGUGCUCGUGUAGUGUUUAAUGAGGUACUUAAUGGAAGAAUAUAAGUUUGAUAAGGCUUAACACAUAAACUAAUUAAAUCGAAACAAAAAUAUCUUAAGCUAGACAAACUGAACAUAAACGAUACAGUGGGAUUGUUAUCAUCCCAGACUUAGUAUAAUGAAUGGGUUUGCAACAAUGAAUGGAAGCUUACUAUGGGCUAGGCUAUUUGAUACCACGAUGAAUCGUUUACGUGCAACCAGUCUGUGCACUUAUUGGACCUUACUUUAGAAUAAUUAUUAUAGAAUGCAAAAACAAAAACAUGCGGUUCCCGCAGUGUAAAUUGUAAUCUGUCGUCAUCCUCUGCGUUUUCAAAUUGCGUAAUCAGCAAAACAUCUACUAGCAAAGGUUGCUAAACUGCGUAACGAUCUUGGGACAGCGGGGAACAAAAACCUCUUGAAUAGCACGAAAGAAUGGGAUGCUUACAUUCUGAUUCUAGUUUUACGUUCCAUUUUGAACCGCACACAUGGCAAGGGUCAUUUAGUCUAUGGUUUUGAUUUUGAUGACUGUAAUGUACUUUAAUGUACCCCCAUUCAUGCAUAAUUUCAACUAGCUAUACCGAGUGAUAAGCGCACAUGAGUGAUCAUAUCGUGCUAAUAUGGCACGAGUUCGUGAUUUUUUGCCAAGAUACUUUUACUGGCUCCUUUUACCGGGAUGACAGGAGAUUCUGCUUGGUUUAUCCCUUCACACUGUUCGGGGUGGUUCCAGAUUCAAUCAUCACCACUCUGCCAUUGCCAGUCAUGAGUAUUUAAAAUGGUUACAUUGCGUUCUCUUUGCUGAAGUUAGGAAUAAUACUUUAAUUCACAUGGUAUUUUCUUCGAUAACAUUGUAGUAUUAUCUGUUACUUAAGCCCCUAUGCCAGACCAUAAAGCGAUAAAAAAAACUAUUUGAAACUUGCAUUAUUUGGUAUUUUGAAAUAAUUGUGAAAUAAAACGUUGAUGGUGAAUGUAUAUUAUAGCAUAGAACAUGCAAGCAUUAGUUAUGUUUUUAUAGAAUAUGUAUUACUUUUUUUUGUUCCAAGGGCUAGAUCACUACUUUCAUUUAAUCUAUAUUUCGGGCUGAUGGUACUUAACGUAUGUUAUUACAAUUAAUACUUUGUCGUUCUGUUAUUUUAUACACUGUGCAGCUAUUUAUAAAACGCUUGCGGUAAACAAACAAGCAACAAGAAGUGAAAAAUAACUUGCAAAUAAAAACGUUCCUUGUUAGACUUUCAACCGA